AUGUUGAACGAAGAAGUGGAUGAUACGGAGUUCUUCCAGCAAGACUUCACGACAGCCUCCGACUGGGAGCUGUUCAACGCACGGCUGGAAGAAAUUUUUCACGAGUGGAAGCUUUCGUUUGGUCAAAGUGCCUUCCGGAAGCUAGGCCACCAUGAACUGGCAUGUUGCAGUUGGAGUGUGGCGCGUGAAACGAUCAAGUUUGCGGAUGUUGAGCUGCAGGUGGUACAUUACCGGGCAGUGCUUGAUCCAGAAGCGGUAGUCGCGGAAUCAGCGGAACCCGUUACCGGAUGUCAAACGUUCGAAGAUUUAAUGUCGAUCGAGAAUGAUUACUGUGUUGCGUACGGACAGCGGUCUGAUAGUGACGAUGAUCAGAAGCUACAUCCACUUGCGCAAUGGUAUGGAUUGCGUGAGUUCGUGAUAGUGACGCCGGUGAAGAAAUCGAUCUCGAACGAAAGUCAAAUCCGUAUCCUGAUGAGCUCGGUGCACAUUGCGGUCGCCGAAAGUAGUUGCGAUGUGCCGGUGUUUGUGCAGGCCAUGGACAAGGUACAGCACGUGUAUCUGGGCGUGUGUGAAUCCGGUCCCGUGCGGAUGUCGUUCGAUAUCGUGCAUUUGCACUUGACGCCACCGACCUGCAAAUAUCUGUCCGGGUUGCUGGAGGUGUUUAAGGGAAAGAUUGGUGUGGCCUACGUUGAUCCCGUUGUCGUUUCUGUUCGGUUCACCUAUCAGUUGGCGCGUUUUCUGUCCGGGGCGUAUAUUAGUGAUAGGAGCAUUCCUUUCACGGAGCACUGGCCAAACAGUGUUGUGUCACUCCCGUUCGGUGUAUCCGUCGAUCCAAUAUCUGAGCUGACUGUACACUGCACCUGGCCACAGGUAGCGGACAACGUGGUCGUCGACUCGCAAACCUACUCCGACUUUGAUCCAUUGACGGCACCUCUGUGGAGCCUUCGUGCACAGUUUGAGGACACACCCGUCUGCUAUCUGGCCGACUGUCUGCAGGAAUAUCUACAGAUCUCUGACUCGCGCCGUGCCCUAACCGAAUACUUCGGCGAACUUGCUUUCGGUGGCAAUCCGCUGGAUUUGCUUACGAUCGAGGGUAGCAAUCCGCUCGAUCUGCUCACGGAAUCGAAAAUUCCACGACUUUCUGCCGUUCUGCCGGGACGGAUUGGAGCCCCGAAGAAUGCCCCGGCCAAGCUGGAUGGUCCACUGAGCGAUGAACAACUGAAGGACAUGCUGUACUAUCUGUUCCCGGACGCACAAAAGGAAGCACGCUGGCCGUACGCAGCGUCCGUAACCGGACCGGCCGAGUUCGAUCCGAUGCGCAUCAAGUCGGCAAAUCCAGAUUCGUUGGUGCAUCGGUUGGCGACACUGCUUGCACUGUGUAAUGUGUGCUUCGGAGGGAAACGAGCGGUGGCACAGCUGUGGGCCGAAUUUGCACAGGAAAUGCGGUAUCGUGUGGAACGCUGCAUUCAAAUUCCUGGUGUGGCCAGCGGCUUCCCGGACUCCCGAACCUGCCUGCUACACCAGAAGCUGCAGAUGCUGAACGUGUGCAUGGAACGGCGCACGCUACGUGACGGUGGACUCCCGUUUGCAAUGCGACCAAGCACAACAGGAUCAUCGGGAACCGGUGGCGGUGAUCAGUCGGAUGAAGAGUUCUUUGACUGCUCGGACGAUGAGCAGGAGUCCGGUGCAACAGGACGGUUGUCUCGGCUCGGCAACAUGCUGCUGGUAAACUCGGACGAACCGUUGUACAUUCCGGUCACGCAAGAACCCGUCCCGAAGACGGAGGACCAGCUCGAAGACGAUGCGGAGGUAAUGCUAAAGCUCGGUCCCGGCAGCGAGCUCUGUACGCAGAUGAUGAGCGCAUCGCUGCUGUCCGACAUGGAAAGCUUUAAGGCGGCCAACCCGGCCGGACAGCUGGAAGACUUUAUCCGGUGGUACAGUCCGCGCGAUUGGAUCGAGGACGAGCCGGUGGACGAGCAGGACCCGUUCGGCCGGAAAGGGCACCUAAGCGCACGGAUGCUGAUACCGGGCAAUACGUGGCAGACGGUGUGGGAAGGUGCCAGACCCAUCCCGGCACGACGUCAAAAGCGACUGUUUGAUGAUACACGCGAAGCGGAGAAAGUGCUACACUUCCUAGAGUCGCGCACGAUCGGCCAGAUUGCUCAGCUUACGAUGGCCACACUGUUUCACGUUGGCGUAUUAACGCUGGCGCAACAUGCCACCACGGAGCGGGCUGUUGUGCCGCAGUUUGAUGAAACGAUUGACCACAUGACGGCGGCCUGUUGUCGAUUGUCGCGUGAAAAUUGGAACAGCGGAACAACCGGAACCGGUCCCGCACGGGUGAACUCGCAAACCAAGUACGAACAGCAGUUACUCGCUGAAAUGAUGCAGCUCGAAUGUACCGUCACACAGGCCCGUAGCUUACAGCGAAAGCUGUUCCCGAUUACUGUAUCGAGCGAAAGCUCUCCGAUGUCCGACGAAAAGCACUCGCAAGAAAAGCAGCUCAUACAGGGGUUGUUGCAAGCGCGAGAGACAAAUCUACUAGAGGGCGCUAACAGUCCCACGGCCGGUCGUUUGAUGGGACUGUUUGCGGAAGCUAAAAGAGCUGCAAACGAACAAGGCAACAACGAGCCCCAGCAGCAGCAGUCGAGUGGCAAUACUCUGCCGGAUCCAGUUGAAAAACAAUUUACUCUGCGGCUUAGCGGCAACACCGUCAGUAAGGGUGCAGGAUCACCACAAUUCUUGAGAGCAAUACUGAUGCCUCAAGAAUUUCGUCUAUGUGGAGCAUUCAGCCGUAAUACCACAUUUUACUAGCUGAACGACAACGAUUGCUGAGAACGUGACGACCAUGACGCUGAGUGCAAACCGUAAGCUAAAUGGUGGUGGGAUAAAGUUCUAUAAUCCUUCAUAUA